AUUUUUGUUCCCUUUUUUUUUUCAAUUUCUAUUUUUAUUUUCUAUUUUUAGGGUUACGGCCAUAACAAAAACAACAGCAGACUCCUCUACGAACCGGCGCCUCCAUCCUCACCUUGCCUCCUCCUUCCUCAGCGACCACCUCCGCUCCGGCCGUCCUCCUCCAGCCGACAACCGUCUUCCUCCGGCCGUUAUUCACAGAAAGCAAGAAAGAAAGAGGAAGCAUGUUGGACAUUAAUCUAUUUCGGGAGGAAAAGGGGGGAAAUCCGGAAAUUGUACGCGAAUCUCAGCGUCGUCGUGGUGCAAGUGUAGAAAUUGUCGAUGAAAUUAUUAAACUUGACAAAGAGUGGCGACAACGUCAAUUCGAGCUGGAGCAGUUGCGAAAAGACUUUAACAGGAUUAACAAAGAAGUGGCUAAACUUAGGAUUUCUGGCGGAGACGCGAGUUCGCUAAUAAAAAACACAGAGGAAAACAAGGAUUCAACCGCAAAGAAGCAAGCGGAGGUUCAGGAGGCCCGUACAGCAUUAUAUUCAAAACUAGAGACAGUUGGAAAUCUCGUGCAUGAUUCGGUUCCCGUUAGCAAUGAUGAGGCGGACAAUGCUGUUGUCCGGACCUGGGGAGAGAGAAGAGAAGAGACAAAUCUGAAAAAUCACGUUGAGCUUGUGGAACUUCUCGGUAUCGCGGAUCUGAAAAAAGGUGCUAAUGUUGCUGGUGGCAGAGGGUAUUAUUUGAAAGGAGACGGUGUGCGUUUAAAUCAAGCUCUUAUAAAUUUUGGUCUCGACUUUUUGGAGAAAAGGAAAUACACAGCACUGCAGACACCAUUCUUUAUGAGGAAAGAUAUAAUGGGAAAAUGUGCUCAGUUAGCACAAUUUGAUGAAGAACUUUACAAGGUAACAGGUGAGGGAGAUGACAAGUAUCUGAUUGCAACUGCUGAACAACCGCUAUGUGCUUACCAUAUAGAUGAUUGGAUUCAUCCAAAUGAGCUACCAUUAAGAUAUGCUGGAUAUUCGUCGUGCUUUCGUAAGGAAGCUGGCUCACACGGGAGAGACACUCUCGGCAUUUUCCGUGUUCAUCAGUUUGAGAAGGUUGAACAGUUUUGCUUGACCAAACCAAGUGGCAAUGAUUCUUGGGAAAUGCAUGAAGAGAUGAUUAAAAAUUCUGAGGAGUUUUAUCAGAUGUUGAAAUUGCCGUAUCAAGUAGUGUCUAUAGUUUCUGGUGCGCUAAACGAUGCUGCAGCAAAGAAGUAUGACUUGGAAGCAUGGUUUCCUGCAUCCAAAACUUACAGAGAACUUGUUUCAUGUUCUAAUUGCACAGAUUACCAGUCGAGAAAAUUGGAAAUCAGAUGUGGACAAAAGAAGGGAAAUGAACAGGCGAAGCAAUACUGCCAUCUGUUAAACUCUACGCUGACAGCAACAGAGAGGACUCUUUGCUGCAUUCUCGAAAACUACCAAACGGAAAAAGGUGUUGCGAUACCAGAAGUUUUGCAGCCAUUUAUGGGUGGCAAGACUUUCUUGGAUUUCCUAAAGAAAAUCAAGAAAUGAAAAUGAAAUGCCUAGUCUCUUUUCAUUAUAAAAAACGCCCGAUUCUAACGGGUUUCGUGAUGUUACAAGUCGGUUAUAGAUAUUUCUGUUGGUUAUUUUGUUGAAACUGUUUGUUUAAAAUUAUUAUUGUUACUUGCUUUGAACAUAUUCUGAUGACCCAGAAUGAUACGUUAUUCUCUGAAAGUUUUUUGAUCAUUUUUCGUUUUU